AGUAUCUGGCCAAGGUGUCAGCAGUGGCGCAAGUGACAAAAACUGCCCGAGGAGGUCCAAUCUGCCCACUCAGCUGAGUGCCUUUUAUAAGCUAAGAGAGUAGCGCCAUGCUCCUCACCUCCCUAAGAGCCACUCAUGGGGCUGUGGGGUUUCUCAGACUCCUAGGAGGUCCCGGAACAAAUGGUGAUGUCGGGGGUUUUUAUUUUUCAGACUCACGUGGCAUGAGAGGAUGACAGACUCAGGAGGGCCCCAGAAGCGCACACUUUGUUUUUUAUCCUCGUUGCUUUCCCAGAAAGUUCCUGAGAAGUCGGACGCCGUGCUUCGCUGCAUAAUAGUUGGUCAGCCCAAGCCAGAGGUAACUUGGUAUAAGAAUGGUCAAACCAUAGAGGACUGUGACAUCAUUUCCAGUUAUGAAUUCUUCGAGAAUCAGUAUAUUCAUGUGUUACAUCUCUGUUGCUGUACCAAAAAUGACGCUGCUGUUUACCAAAUCUCUGCUAAAAACUGUUUUGGAAUGAUCUGCUGUUCUGCUUCCAUUGAAGUCGAGUGCUCGUCAGAGAAUCCACAACUCUCUCCUAAUCCGAAAGAUGGCGGGGACACAGGUUGGGAGCAUGAAACACAGACAUAUGAAGAGAAAAGCACAAAUCAAGCUGAUGAGAAAGAACAUCCUUAUAAGGAAGAAGAAAAUCCCUCCUUGGCUACUCCUAUGCCAACUGAUUUCUCCUCCUCCCAAUUUAACCCUUUAUGCUCACUCCCGUUGUUGGCUAGUAAUGACAUUAGUGCAUCUGGUUCUGAAAAUCCCUUGGGUUUUAAAGGAACAAGACAAACGGAAGAGGCUUGUGAUCCGAAUAACACAAAGGAAAUUGCAGAUGGGUUGCUUUUUCCUAAUGCGAGUAAUAUUCCCGAUGAACAAGGUGAGUGUUGCCACGGGAUGAUGCAGUCCAAAGUAUCAAGGUUAACGGAUGGUGCCUUAAACGACGACGGCCUGAAUGACGAAGACUUAAGCCCUAGUCAUCGAAAUCCCAAAGUUCAGAAAUACAUUAGCAUCAGCCUACCACUGCCGGAGGCUGCCACCUCCAUUUACCCAGGUGACAGGGCCACAGUCAACAAGCAAGUCAGCCCACAGGUUUCCAGUGAAGACUCUGACAGUGACUAUGAACUUUGCCCAGAGAUAACCCUAACCUCCAUGGAGGAGUUUUCAGAUGAUGACCUGGAGUAUCUGGAAUGUUCCGACGUUAUGACGGAUUACUCUAAUGCAGUUUGGCAAAGGGACCUGCAGGGGACUGAGCAUGUUUUUUUAUUAGAAAGCGAUGACGAAGUGAUGGAAUUCGGUGAGUGUGGCUUGGGGGUGUGUAAGCCUUUCCUCAGUGAAAUGGGUUCCAGGCCUGGGGUGUCAGAUAACACCGGGCCGAUGGAGGCCACCACUGGCUUCUGUGGUUAUCACUCACAACCUCAAGAAGUGAGGGUAAGGCGCCACCGAGCCUCCACCCACAGUCCCUCAUCUCCGCAAACAGGGAUGACUCUGACUUUGGGACCUCACCAGGAUGGGACGUCUACAGUGACAGACCAGGGGAGAUAUAAACUACCCACUGCUUCUGCUGAAAAUGAUUAUCCAGGAAUUCAAGGGGAAACCAGAGACAGCCACCGAGCAGGAGAGGAAUUCGCCAGUGACAAUUUGCUAGACAUGGAUAAAGCAGUGGCAGAGAGAGAGGUGAAGCGCUUGUCUGCUGAGUUAGAAAAGUUAGAGAUGGACCAGCGUUUGGAGACCACGGCCAAGGAAAGAGCAGAGGAAACGGAUUUGUGGAGCAAGAGGGGCUCAGAGACACCUGCUGGGGCGAGGAGACCGGGAAUUAAGGGAAAACCCGAGAAGCUGAACCCCAACCUGAACGACAGCGCAACUGAAGGCACCCUUAAACUCCUCCAUCCCGAAGAACCUGUCAAGCACCCACUAACCCACGGUGAUAAAGAAGACAGCUCUCAUGCCAAAGCAGAAGCUGCGGAUCUGAAUUUCCACUUCCAUGCGGGAGACAGUGCUCUUCCAACCCAAGCAGAGGAAGCGAACGCCCUGCAAACUCCACUAGGCACGCUCCCCAAAGAAGGGAACUUGAACUUGGAGGAAGAAGGGGUGCAGGUUAAUAACCUCUUGGAAACAAGCCGGGUUCCAGACCAGAGUGAUCAUCCUCAGGUGCAAAUUCAGGAAACAGCCAGGGCGGGAAUCUCACUCAGCCAGAUGCCAGCUUCCUCAGAGCCUGCCGGGGAGGAGUCUGCAUGUACUGGGACCACAACAAAUUCCUCCCCCAACUUAGGAGGGAUGGAUGAGGAAAAUGCAUCAUUGGUCCAGCACCUGGGGAUAGAAAGCUCUACUCAAGGCCCACAGAGUGAAGCAAAACAAGACAGAGAAGACAAGGCACCUGGGCAUUCCAGGGAAGACCUAGGACACGAGCUGAGCCUCCUGGAAGCCCAUCAUGCAAUCCUGUCCCCUUGUGAGCUGUCGGUGCAUGCCCCCCAGGAGGGCAGCGCUGACCCCAGGGAGCCCCAGGCUCGCUCUGUUGCUUCCCCUGCACCAGCAAAUAUCGUCCCCACCCUGGAAACCAUGUGCUACAAGCCAAAAGACAGAGAAGCUGAGUGUGCGAUGGAGCAUCUUGAAGCAGGUGACCCUAGCACACGUGACACCAUGGAUUCUGCUGUUGGAAUGCCAGAGGAUAAAUAUUUGCCUCAAGAAACUUGCUCCAUGGACUUAGAGCUGGCAGAAGGUCAGAGCGAAGUGUCUGAGUUCCGUUCUCUGGAUGACAAGACGCUGGACGUUCUUUGUCGAACACGAGGUUCUGAGCCUCCGCAGUCUACGUGCAGAAGCAACGAGAAUGGAGACACGGUUGUGUCUCCUCCUCCUGUCAGUUCCUUCGCCUGGAACAUUCCACAAAAAGCCAGCGAAGGUGCCAGUGAGGAAGGUCUAGCCGAGGUAGAGAAUGCCACCUCCACGCUGGCCUCUGUGGGACAGGCCAGCCAGGCGAGGCCGAGCCCCAGCACCUCAGGAGGCCUUGAGGAAAGGCAGCCUCCGUCUUCGGAGGACUCCUCUGUGCGGCGUAAAGAAGGGGGUGCUGAGAGCCCCAGUACCGGUGCCUCGGACACCACGGGCGCGUCCGCCAGUCAGAGUUUAACCGUGGAGUUGCCUCAGGAGAAGCCAACAACAUUCACUGCAAAUCUUGACUGUCUUCAGGUCGCCAGGGAGAGUGGGGACACACCAACUGUUAGCAUCGCCACCAGAGUCCACCCAGCCAAAUACGUCCCUGUUUCCAUUGCUGGGAACCGCCAUGCAGAUGGCCCUGGGCAAAGCUUGCCUCAGGCACCGGAUGAAAACAUUUUUCCACUUCCUUCCAAUGUCCACAUUUUAAAUGAUUCCACCACCGAAUCUCCGAAAGAGCGCCUUUGCAUGGCUCCCAGGGGACCGGGGGCCUGUGUCCGUGUCCCCGGGCUGCCAGCGGGAGGAGGUGUCGGUAGCGAUCCUCUUCUUCACGCUGACGACCAGUCUGAGGAGAAGAGCCAGGCCGUGGACAGAGCAGACACCGGGCGCCUUGAAGAGAAUUUCCCGGAAAAAGGAAGUGAAACGGCACGGGGGGUCCGGCAGGAGGGCCCGCCCUCUCAGCACUCCGUUUCCGAAGAUAAGUUCCAAGAGGGUCGGCCCACGACAUCUGUUGCAGAAGGGGACAUAAACCCCGUGCCCUUGGACCACUCGUCAGCAAACUCCAGGGAGGAAAGAGGGCAGAGCUCAGGCCUGGGGACUAGCGUGUCUGCGGUGGCUACAGCCACUGUGGACAAUGACAGUCAGGCUGUGAGCAAUGUUCCACCUCUCUCUAAUACCCUCCCGGAGGUGUCUAAAGAGAGUGGACCAGGACAGUGGGGAGCAGGCAACAAGCUGAAGAUUAUAACUCUAGAGGCUUCUGUUAUAGAAGUCUGGCCACCAAGACGACCGACAGAAUCUGCGCGCAAGGCGUCAGAAGCCGGUGCCGUGACUCCUGACGGGGUCUGGGCUGUCUCUGACGUUCUGAAGGCAGGUGCCACUGUGCCUGAGCCGGACCCCUCUGAAAUAGCAUCAGCUCGCAGUCCUGAGGCUGAGUCAGGCUCUGCCCUUGUUAAUGACAGAGAAAUCCGUGAAGGUGAAGAACCAGCCAGCCAUGCACAUCAGAGUAGUCUUUCUUUCCAGUGUUUGAGCCAACCCAGACUCCUGGAGUCAUCUGUGGACCCUGUAGAUGAGAAGGAAUUAUGUGUCACAGAUUUGCCAUCAGAGGCUUCCAAAACUGGAGGACAGGAAAACGGAAACAGUGUGAGUCGAAACCAAGAGGAAAGCCAGCUCAGCGUGGGUCACCCUGCCUUCUUUAAACGGUUUCUGACUGGCCCCCAAAUCCUAGAGUCCUCUGUAGAUCCCAUCGACGAAACAGGUGUGGUGACGUGGAAGGUGGAAGCCCAGGAGCUUCCUGAAUCCUCUCUGCGGCUCCUCAGAGAGGAGAGUAAACCGAACAAUGGAAACUUGGGCCAGAGAGUGGAAGUUGGACCUGCCACCUUGCCAGCCCCAUGUCCUGACGAAGGUGGGGAGCCCAGUCCAAGUGGGUGCAGCAGAAGCCAGGAAACGCAUGAGAGUCGCUCGGGGGAGGCUGAGCAAAGUGAAAACCUCUCCGCAGAUUUCGUUUUCCCCACUUUACCUCUGUCUAACUGCCUUGCAAUAAUGACUCACGCAUCUGUCGGAGUCCACACUUACGCCGCAGGUCAAAGUCAUGACACCCGUGGAAACGAGUUAGCUCAGCCCAGACAUCAUCCAUGCGCAUUUCCUGACUCAAAGGGAGCGAGAGAGCGUGAGCGUGAGAAACAUGUACCCGCUCCCAGUGGUCUCCCUCAGUCGCCUUUUACUUCAUGCCUUGAAGGAAACAUUACGAACUUUUCAAUAAGCCAUGAGAUUGAGGAACCCGAAAUAGAGGCACCCCAAAGUGGGGACACCAAACCCACGAACGCAUCUGGCUCCCUGUCAGUGACUUUGGCAUCCGUGUCAGGGGAACGUGCGUCAGAGGAAGCUCCUAAGCCACAGCAGGACCCCUGCCAACCGGGCCCCUACCUGGGCCACAGGAAAAAGUCAGGGGAGGACAGGCUUAGUCACGUGGCAACCCAGAAUGGCAGAUGCCCAGUGACGUCAUUCGAGGAGGUCAAGAAGAAGCAAGAAACCACAGGAAGUGGACAUUUAACUGGGGGGAUAAAGAAGAAAAUUCUGUCCCGGGUGGCUGCUUUGAGGCUGAGAUUGGAAGAGAGGGAAAACGUCAAAAAGAACUCGAGCUGUCUUAAAAAGGGUCCUAAACUCGAAACAUCGGUAUCACGCACAGAUGAGCAAAAAGACCCCCAAACGCCACCUUGCAAAAGAAAAGGAAAAGCUCCAAUAUUACUGAAAAAGAUCCAAGCUGAGAUGUUCCCUGACUGCUCCGGAAAUGUGAAAUUAAGCUGCCAGUUUGGGGAAAUUCAUGAAGAUUCUACAAUCUGGUGGACAAAAGAUUCAAAGUCAAUAGCCCAAGUGCAGAGAAGUGCAGGAGACAGCUCCGCUGUGUCUUUGGUCAUCGUGCAGGCCAGUCAGAAGGACCAGGGCCUCUAUCACUGCUGCAUCAAGAACAGUUAUGGAAAAGCGACUGCUGAAUUGAACCUCACCACGGAAGUUCUCCAACAACUUUCAAGUCACCAGGACAUUAAAGGAUGUGAAGAGAUCGAAUUCAGCCAGCUCAUCUUUAAAGAAGACUUCCUCCACGACAGCUACUUCGGGGCCCACCUGCGAGGUCAGAUCGCCACAGAGGAGCUGCACUUUGGAGAAGGCGUCCACCGAAAGGCCUUCCGCAGCAAAGUGAUGCAGGGCCUCAUGCCCGUCUUCCAGCCCGGCCACGCCUGCGUGCUCAAGGUGCACAAUGCCGUUGCCUACGGGACCAGAAACAACGACGAGCUCAUCCAGAGAAACUACAAACUCGCUGCCCAGGAAUGCUAUGUUCAAAAUACUGCCAGAUGCUACGCCAAGAUCUAUGCUGCUGAAGCACAGCCUCUGGAAGGCUUUGGAGAAGUGCCUGAGAUCAUUCCUAUUUUUCUCAUCCAUCGACCUGAGAACAACAUCCCGUACGCUACAGUGGAGGAGGAGCUGAUUGGAGAAUUUGUGAAGUAUUCUAUUAGGGAUGGGAAGGAAAUCAACUUCUUGAGAAGAGAAUCGGAGGCUGGUCAGAAGUGUUGUACCUUCCAGCACUGGGUAUACCAGAAAACGAGUGGCUGCCUCCUGGUCACGGACAUGCAGGGUGUAGGAAUGAAGUUAACAGACGUUGGCAUAGCAACAUUAGCUAAAGGGUACAAAGGAUUUAAAGGCAAUUGUUCCAUGACCUUCAUCGAUCAGUUUAAAGCACUACACCAGUGUAACAAAUAUUGUAAAAUGCUGGGGCUGACAUCACUUCAAAACAACAACCAGAAACAGAAGAAGCCAAGUGUCGGGAAAAAAAAAAUUCAGCCAAACUCCACAACAGGGAAGAACACGGUGUCUGGGACCCCAACAGUAAAGAAAACCUAGCAUAGGAACCAACAGCCACCACCUAGCAGCACACGGACAUCUGACAACACCCAGGAGAGAGAACACAGCCUGCAGAGAGGGCUGUGACAAUCCUCGUUCCCAGCUGCCUGUGCUCCCAGCCACUUCGAAGGCUGUCACCUGUUGUCUUCGCUGAAAUGAUUUCGGAGCACGGUUUGUGACCAGACUUACGGAGAGACUGAAUCAAUUGUCAGUCUCGAAGACAGUCCAUCUUUGUAUAUACCUGUGGCGUUUUUACUGACCUCGACUUACAUGUCGACUUGUGUAUUUGCACGGGGCUGUGUCACCCAGGACUUGGUGCUGAGCAGGGUCUGUCCACAGCCCAAAUCCUCUCCACUCCCAUUCCUAACUUCAGGAUUUCUAGACACUUCCAGCUGUUACAUAAACAGAAAAUAGGAAUUCUUUUUUUUAGGUCAAGUUGUCACACUAGUGUCAAAUAUGCUCUUGUGGCUGGAGUUGCCUUUUGAAACACGAGGCCACUUCCUAUCA